AUGAGCCCAUCAGCAAUCUCCUCCCAACAGGACCUUGGAAGCAUUUCUGAGGAGCCGUUCUUGCUGCUGAUCCAGCCCACUUGCAUGUCUGGACAGAAUCACAAGGAUGCCAAGGUUGGUUUGCUCAGAAAACUCAAUCUAGAAAAUAGAGUCUUCCAGACAAAUGUGACCACUCUCACCAAAAUCCUAAGUGGCACCUUGCCUCCUGAAAAGGUCCUGAUUCAAGUUGCAGUAGUCCAGUCAGGCCAAAAGUACAACCUGCCUGUUGACUGCCCAGCCUGGGGGGAACCCCAUGGGCAGAGUUCCUCUCUGCAGCACACCUCGAUGCCUGAGAAUGGUGCUCUGACUGCAACCCAAAACUCAGGAGCCCAGGCCAGAAAUAUGCCAUUAUCACCGGUCCAAAGGCCAGCUGAGGGACCCCAGCAUCAUGAGGAUAGGGGGGCCCAGCCAGUAUUGCUGUUAUCUGCACCUUCUGAGAGAAAGCCAGUGGCCCUGGACAGCACUCUCCAAGAACUUCAGCAAGAGAAAAAUGUAUUGCUUCCAUUCACACUGCCUAAGACUCCUUCCCGCCUGGAGGACUUUCGCCCAGUAGACCAGCAGAAAACCACCCCACUGGGUCUGGUUCCUCCAGUCAACAACUCCCAGGCCUCCCAACCCUCAUCUGCAACUAAAAUGUGUCCCCUCUGCCAAACAUUGCUUACAAGCCCUAAGGAGAAUAUGGAGAAUAAUCUCCAGGAGCCGACAAGCGGUCACCAGCUGGUUGAUGACCAGCCGACCCCAAGGAAAUAUGUCCAAUUUAGUGUCCCAAAAACCACAAUAAACAUCUCUGUGACCAGAGGAAAGGAGACUCAACCUGUCCUUAAGGCAGGAAUGGAACGAGUACCCUCUGACAAAUGCAGCAUGAAGCCUCUGGCGAAGAAUGAUUCCCAGGUACCAAAUCUGAGAAAUAACCCAGAGAAGAUCCCAGUUGAUAGAAAACAGCCAAUGGAGGGUGAUGAGCAGCUGGACUCCAAAAGGGAGCUCCAUUUGAGCGUCCUGGAGACCAGAGUUCCUACCUCCAUAGCCAGCAAAAAGGAGGAGGAAACUCAACCCGUCAUUAAGGCAAGAAUGACACUAGUGCCCUCUGCCAAAUGCAGCAUGGAGCUCCUGGUGAAGAAUGACUCCCAGGUGCCAAUUCCGAGAAAUAACCAAGAGAAGAUGCCAGUUGAUAGAAAACAGGCAGUGGAGAGUGAUGACCCAACCCCCAGGAAGAAGCUCCUAUUGAGCCACCUGGAGACCAAAAACCACACCUCCACAGCCAGCGAGAAGGAGGAAAUUCAACCUGUCUUAAAGACAAGAGAGAGAGUAGUGCCCUCUGCCAAAUGCGGCAUGGAGCCUCUGGUGAAGAAUAAUCCCCAACUGCCAACUCCAAGAAAUAACCAAGAGAAGAUCCCAGUUGAAAGAAAACAGCCAGUGGAGGGUGAUGAGCAACUGGACCCCAAGAAGAAGCUCCUUUUGAGCACCCUGGACACCAGAGAUCAUGCCUCCACACCCAGUGAGAAAAAGCAGGAAACUCGACCUGUCUUUAAGGCAAGAAAGAUAAUACUGCCCUCUGCCAAAUGCAGCAUGGACAACAUACAGCCUCUGGUGAAGAAUAAUCCCCAAUUGCCAACUCCAAUAAAUAACCAAGAGAUGAUCCCAGUUGAAAGAAAACAGCCAGUGGAGGGUGAUGAGCAACUGGACCCCAUGAAGAAGCUCCUCUUGAGCAUCCUUUACACCAGAGAUCAGGCCUCCACAGACAGUGAGAAAAAGGAGGAAACUCGACCUGUCUUUAAGGCAAGAAAGACAAUAAUGCCCUCUGCCAAAUGUAGCAUGGAGCCUCUUGCGAAGAAUAAUCUCCAAUUUCCAACUCCAAGAAAUAACCAGGAGAAGAUCCCAGUUGAAAGAAAACAGCCAGUGGAGGGGGAUGAGCAGCUGGAUCCCAAGAAGAAGCUCCUUUUGAGUGUCCCGGAAACCAGAGGUCAUACCUCCAAAGCCAGCGAGAAGGAGACAGAAACUCGACCUGUCCUUAAGGCAAGAAUGACACUAGUGCCCUCUGCCAAAUGCAGCAUGGAGCCUCUGGCAAAGAAUAAUCCCCAAUUGCCAACUCCAAGAAAUAACCAAGAGAAGAUCCCAGUUGAAAGAAAACAGCCAGUGGAGGGUGAUGAGCAGCUGAACCCCAAGAAGAAGCUUCUUUUGAGUACUCUGGAAACCAGAAAUCACACCUCCACAGCCAGUGAGAAAAAGAAGGAAAUUCAACCUGUCUUAAAGACAAGAGAGAGAGUAGUGCCCUCUGCCAAAUGUGGCAUGGAGCCUCUAGUGAAGAAUAAUCCCCAAUUGCCAACUCCAAUAAAUAACCAAGAGAAGAUGCCAAUUGAAAGAAAACAGCCAGUGGAGGGUGAUGAGCAACUGGACCCCAUGAAGAAGCUCCUCUUGAGCAUCCUGCACACCAGAGAUCAUGCCUCCACAGACAGUGAGAAAAAGGAGGAAACUCGACCUGUCUAUAAGGCAAGAAAGACACUAAUGCCCUCUGCCAAAUGCAGCAUGGAGCCUCUGAUGAAGAAAAAUCUCCAAUUGCCAACUCCAAGAAAUAACCAAGAGAAGAUCCCAGUUGAAAGAAAACAGCCACCAGUGGAGGGUGAAGACCAUCUGAGCGUUUGGAAGAAGUUCCUUUUGGGUGUCCCAGAAACUGGACGCCACACCUCCACAGCCAGCAAGAAGGAGAAACCUCGACAUGUCUCUAAGGCAAGAAAGACACUCAUUCCCUCUGCCAAAUGUGGCACUGAGCCUCAGGCAAAGAAUAACCCCAAGGAGCCCAUUCCAAAAGAUAAGCCGGAGAAGAUCCCAAUUGACAGUAAACAGCCAGUGGUGGGUGAAGAUCAGCUGAUCAUUUGGGAGAAGUUCCUUUUGGGUGUCCCAGAAACUGGACGCCACACCUCCACAUCCACCAAGAAGAAGGAGGAAUCUUGACCUGUCUUAAAGGCAAGAAAGACACUCGUGCCCUCUGCCAAAUGCAGCACUGAGCCUCAGAAAAAGGACAACCCCCAGGUGCUCAUUCCAAAGGAGAAGCUGGAGAAGAUCCCAGUUGACAGUAAACAGCCAGUGGAGGGUGAAGACAAGCUGACCGUUUGGGAGAAGUUCCUAUUGGGUGUCCCAGAAACUGGAUGCCACACCUCCACAGCCAGCAAGCAGGAAGAAACUCAACGUGUCUUUAAGGCAAGAAAGACACUCACGACCUCUGCCAAAUGCAGCACUGAGCCUCAAGCAAAGAAUAACCCCCAGGUGCCUAUUCCAAAGGAUAGGCUGGAGAAGAUCCCAUUUGACAGUAAACAACCAGUGGAGGCUGAAGACAAGCUGACCGUUUGGGAGAAGUUCCUUCUGGGUGUCCCAGAAACCGGACACCACACCUCCACAGCCAGCAAGCAGGAAGAAACUCAAUGUGUCUUUAAGGCAAGAAAGACACUCGUGCCCUCUGCCAAAUGCAGCACUGAGCCUCAGGCAAAGAACAACCCCUAGGUGCCUAAUCCAAAGGUUAAGCUUGGGAAGAUCCCAGUUGAUAGUAAACAGCCAGUGGAAGGUGAAGACAAGCUGACCGUUUGGGAGAAGUUCCUUUUGGGUGUCCCCGAAACCGGACGUCACACCUCCACAGCCAGCAAGAAGGAGAAACCUCGACAUGUCUCUAAGGCAAGAAAGACACUCAUUCCCUCUGCCAAAUGUGGCACUGAGCCUCAGGCAAAGAAUAACCCCAAGGAGCCCAUUCCAAAAGAUAAGCCGGAGAAGAUCCCAAUUGACAGUAAACAGCCAGUGGUGGGUGAAGAUCAGCUGAUCAUUUGGGAAAAGUUCCUUUUGGGUGUCCCAGAAACUGGACGCCACACCUCCACAUCCACCAAGAAGAAGGAGGAAUCUCGACCUGUCUUAAAGGCAAGAAAGACACUCGUGCCCUCUGCCAAAUGCAGCACUGAGCCUCAGGCCAAGGACAACCCCCAGAUGCCUAUUCCAAAGGAUAAGCUGGAGAAGAUCCCAGUUGACAGUAAACAGCCAGUGGAGGGUGAAGACAAGCUGACCUUUUGGGAGAAGUUCCUUUUGGGUGUCCCAGAAACUGGACGCCACACCUCCACAGCCAGCAAGGAGGAGGAACCUCAACGUGUCUUUAAGGCAAGAAAGACACUCAUGCCCUCUGCCAAAUGCAGCACUGAGCCUCAGGCAAAGGACAACCCCCAGGUGCCUAUUCCAAAGGAUAAGCUUGGGAAGAUCCCAGUUGACAGUAAACAGCCAGUGGAAGGUGAAGACAAGCUGACCGUUUGGGAGAAGUUCCUUUUGGGUGUCCCCGAAACCGGACGCCACACCUCCACAGCCAGCAAGAAGGAGAAACCUCGACAUGUCUCUAAGGCAAGAAAGACACUCAUGCCCUCUGUCAAAUGUGGCACUGAGCCUCAGGCCAAGAAUAACCCCCAAGAGCCUAUUCCAAAAGAUAAGCCGGAGAAGAUCCCAAUUGACAGUAAACAGCCAGUGGUGGGUGAAGAUCAGCUGAUCAUUUGGGAGAAGUUCCUUUUGGGUGUCCCAGAAACUGGACGCCACACCUCCACAUCCACCAAGAAGAAGGAGGAAUCUCGACCUGUCUUAAAGGCAAGAAAGACACUCGUGCCCUCUGCCAAAUGCAGCACUGAGCCUCAGGCCAAGGACAACCCCCAGAUGCCUAUUCCAAAGGAUAAGCUGGAGAAGAUCCCAGUUGACAGUAAACAGCCAGUGGAGGGUGAAGAUAAGCUGACCGUUUGGGAGAAGUUCCUUCUGGGUAUCCCGGAAACCGGAAGUCACACCGGAAGCCACACCUCCACAGCCAGCAAGGAGGAGAAAACCCAACGUCUCUUUAAGGCAAGAAAGACACUCGUGCCCACUGCCAAAUGCAGCACUGAGCCUCAGGCCAUGGACAACCCCCAGAUGCCUAUUCCAAAGGAUAAGAUGGAGAAGAUCCCAGUUGACAGUAAACAACCAGUGGAGAGUGAAGACAAGCUGACCGUUUGGGAGAAGUUCCUUUUGGGUGUCCCAGAAACCGGUCGCCACACCUCCACAUCCACCAAGAAGAAGGAGGAAUCUCGACCUGUCUUAAAGACAAGAAAGACACUCGUGCCCUCUGCCAAAUGCAGCACUGAGCCUCAGGCAAAGAACAACCCCCAGGUGCCUAUUCCAAAGAAUAAGCUUGGGAAGAUCCCAGUUGACAGUAAACAGCCAGUGGAAGGUGAAGACAAGCUGACCGUUUGGGAGAAGUUCCUUUUGGGUGUCCCCGAAACCGGACGCCACACCUCCACAGCCAACAAGAAGGAGAAAACCCGACGUGUCUCUAAGGCAAGAAAGACACUCGUGCCCUCUGCCAAAUGCGGCACUGAGCCUCAGGCAAAGAACAAUCCCCAGGAGCCUAUUCCAAAAGAUAAGCCGGAGAAGAUCCCAAUUGACAGUAAACAGCCAGUGGUGGGUGAAGAUCAGCUGAUCAUUUGGGAGAAGUUCCUUUUGGGUGUCCCAGAAACCGGUCGCCACACAUCCACAUCCACCAAGAAGAAGGAGGAAUCUCGACCUGUCUUAAAGGCAAGAAAGACACUCGUGCCCUCUGCCAAAUGCAGCACUGAGCCUCAGGCCAAGGACAACCCCCAGAUGCCGAUACCAAAGGAUAAGCUGGAGAAGAUCCCAGUUGACAGUAAACCGCCAGUGGAGGAUGAAGACAAGCUGACCGUUUGGGAGAAGUUCCUUUUGGGUGUCCCAGAACCCGGACGACACACCUCCACAGCCAGCAAGGAGGAGGAACCUCAACGUGUCUUUAAGGCAAAAAAGACACUCAUGCCCUCUGCCAAAUGCAGCACUGAGCCUCAGGCAAAGGACAACCCCAAGGUGCCUAUUCCAAAGGAUAAGCUGGAGAAGAUCCCAGUUGACAGUAAACAACAAGUGGAGGGUGAAGACAAGCUGAUCGUUUGGGAGAAGUUCCUUUUGGGUGUCCCCGAAACCGGACGCCACACCUCCACAGCCAGCAAGAAGGAGAAACCUCGACAUGUCUCUAAGGCAAGAAAGACACUCGUGCCCUCUGCGAAAUGCAGCACUGAGCCUCAGAAAAAGGACAACCCCCAGGUGCUCAUUCCAAAGGAGAAGCUGGAGAAGAUCCCAAUUGACAGUAAACAGCCAGUGGAGGGUGAAGACAAGCUGAUCGUUUGGGAGAAGUUCCUUUUGGGUGUCCCAGAAACCGGACGCCACACCUCCACAGCCAGCAAGGAGGAGGAACCUCAACGUGUCUUUAAGGCAAGAAAGACACUCGUGCCCUCUGCCAAAUGCAGCACUGAGCGUCAGGCAAAGGACAACCCCCAGGUGCCUAUUCCAAAGGAUAAGCUGAAGAAGAUCCCAUUUGACAGUAAACAGCCAGUGGAGGGUGAAGACAAGCUGACCGCUUGGGAGAAGUUCCUUUUGGGUGUCCCAGAAACUGGAUGCCACACCUCCACAUCCACCAAGAAGAAGGAGGAAUCUCGACCUGUCUUAAAGGCAAGAAAGACACUUGUGACCUCUGCCAAAUGCAGCACUGAGCCUCGGGAGAAGAAGAAUCCCCAGGAGCCUAUUCCACAAGAUAAGCCGGAGAAGAUCCCUGUUGGCAGAAAACGGCCAGUGGAGGGUGAAGACCAGCUGACCGUUUCGAAAAAGUUCCUUUUGCGUGUCCCAGAAACUGGACGCCGCACCUCCACAUCCACCAAGAAGAAGGAGGAAUCUCGACCUGUCUUAAAGGCAAGAAAGACACUUGUGACCUCUGCCAAAUGCAGCACUGAGCCUCGGGAGAAGAAGAAUCCCCAGGAGCCUAUUCCACAAGAUAAGCCGGAGAAGAUCCCUGUUGGCAGAAAACGGCCAGUGGAGGGUGAAGACCAGCUGACCGUUUCGAAAAAGUUCCUUUUGCGUGUCCCAGAAACUGGACGCCACACCUCCACAUCCACCAAGAAGAAGGAGGAAUCUCGACCUGUCUUAAAGGCAAGAAAGACACUUGUGACCUCUGCCAAAUGCAGCACUGAGCCUCGGGAGAAGAAGAAUCCCCAGGAGCCUAUUCCACAAGAUAAGCCGGAGAAGAUCCCUGUUGGCAGAAAACGGCCAGUGGAGGGUGAAGACCAGCUGACCGUUUCGAAAAAGUUCCUUUUGCGUGUCCCAGAAACUGGACGCCACACCUCCACAUCCACCAAGAAGAAGGAGGAAUCUCGACCUGUCUUAAAGGCAAGAAAGACACUUGUGACCUCUGCCAAAUGCAGCACUGAGCCUCGGGAGAAGAAGAAUCCCCAGGAGCCUAUUCCACAAGAUAAGCCGGAGAAGAUCCCUGUUGGCAGAAAACGGCCAGUGGAGGGUGAAGACCAGCUGACCGUUUCGAAAAAGUUCCUUUUGCGUGUCCCAGAAACUGGACGCCACACCUCCACAUCCACCAAGAAGAAGGAGGAAUCUCGACCUGUCUUAAAGGCAAGAAAGACACUUGUGACCUCUGCCAAAUGCAGCACUGAGCCUCGGGAGAAGAAGAAUCCCCAGGAGCCUAUUCCACAAGAUAAGCUGAAGAAGAUGUCAGUCAAUAGAAAACAGCCCAUGGAGAGCUUGGACCAGCCGCCCCCCCAGAAGAAACUCCUAUUGAGUGUCCCAGAAACCAAAGGUAGUACCCUCACUGCCAGAAAGAACAAAAGGGAGACUCGACCUGCCCCGAAUGGGAGAAAGUUGCUGGUUCCCUCUGCCAAAUGCAGCACUGAGCCUCAGGCAAAGAAUGAUUUCCCGGUGUCCAUUCGGAAAAAUAACCCAGAGACGAUGCCAGUCUACAGAAAACAGCCCACAGUAUGUGAUGACCAGCCGAAACCCAGGAAGAAGCUCCUACGGAUUACCCCAGAGACCACGGGCAACACCCCCACAGCCAGCAAAAAGGAGGAGGAGACUCAUCCUGCCCAUAAGGAUGACAGUGCCUAGCCAUCAACCACCCAUCACAGCCACCACCACACAGACCUGGAUGCCAGUGCCACUCCAGACCCGAACUGCCACUACCAAGACCUGAACGGACACCAGAAGGCGGGUAUGUGAGCAGUCCAGGGGCAAAUGUCUAGUGUGCUGAACCCCCAGAGAUCUCAGUCUAACUUCUGGAGGUGAGGAGAGGGGAAUUGUCUUCCCCUGGCCCUGCUGAGGAGGAGGAGGAGGAGGAGCAUGUAAUGUCCUGGAGUGUAAGUCCAUAUA